GUACUCAAAUUUAAAUCUUUUUGAUGUAAAACCAUAUGCAUAACAAACCGUUCAUCAUCUCAUCAUGAGCUUUUAGUCAAUAACCGCUCUUAUCAACAUCUGAUAAAUCUAUUUUAUAUAUUUUCUUUGCUCGUUUUACUUUGACUGACUGUGGACUGAUGAUUGUUAUUACAUAGCUAGAAAAACAAGUGACACUUUCAAACCAGCAGCUGUUUUUGAGGUAUACUGCCACAAGAAAAUAUCUGUUAUUUUUGGGUUUCUAAACAAUCAGACUAUUUAUGCAAGGCGGUGGUAUAGCAACAGUUGAAAUAUUCCCAUACAAUUAGGAGUUAGUCACACAAACAGAAUUGUAUAUUCUACACAGGACCUUGAGACUGGAGCAGGAGUGACGCUGGGUGUCUAAAAUGGUGGUGUUAAACUGCGAUCUGGUGCUUAAGAGUGUCAGUCAGAAAGGAGGAGGAGUAAGGGGGUCUGGCAAAGCGAGAGACCAGUCUCCCGGCACGCUCCUUCGCAAACUCACGCAUCUAAAUCUACCAGAGAAAGGCAUCGACCAUAUAGGCAGUGAUCUGAGUGUGUGUGGGGGAGUGAGUGUGAUGUAUUUGUAUGACAACGAGAUCCCCUCCAUCUGCAAUCUGGACUUCGCAGUGAACUUGACUCACCUCUACCUUCAGAACAACCACAUACAGCGGAUAGAGGGACUCACUAACUGCACUAACCUACAGAAACUAUAUCUGUCUGGGAAUAGCAUUGUGGUGGUGGAGGGACUGCACACAGUGGUGAGUCUGCGGGAGUUGAGUGUGGACCAGCAGAGACUGCCUCCAGGGGAGAAACUCAUCUGGGACCCCAGGUCUCUCGUCAACAUAUGCAGGAGUCUGGAGGUGAUGAAUGUGAGUGGAAACAGAAUAGACAGUGUGAAGGAGCUGAGAUGUAUGUCCAGAAUGCGACAACUCAAUCUGUCCAACAACAAACUCAAGGACAUGAAGGACCUCGCGGACACUAUCGGAGUGAUGGGAGACUUGACUAAGUUGGACGUGCAUGGCAAUCCACUCGUGAACAAGGCCAAGUACAGGGACAGAGUCAUCACCAUGAACGAAAACAUCAAAGUGCUGGAUGGGAAGGAGGUGGCGGAGAGUCUGAAGCAGUUCCUGCGCAGUUGGAAGAGUGCCAAGGAGAAACACAAGAGACAACUCAUCGACCAGGCCAUGACCGACACACUCCCAGAUCUUCCCCCUCUACAGAAAGUACCCAACUCCAAUAUGGCAGUUAAUAACCCCAACGCCCCUCAUCCCCGAAUGGAAAAUGGGGGACAGAGGAUAGGUGGGAAAGACAACAACUUUUCAGCUUCCACUGUUCAGAGUAGAGAGGGAGGGGAAGGGGUCAAAAGCGGUGGUCGGGGGGUCGCUCCCCCUAUCAAACGGGGUAUGCACAGUGGUCAGCGGGAGAUGCGAGACAUUCUUGCCAAAUCGGCUCAACAGCAACAACAAAAUGAGCAAUCAAUCCAUCAAGACUAUAGUAAUGGCCAUAGCUAUGACUAUAAUAGUAAUGGCCAUACCAUGGACGCGGUAGGAGCUAUGGGAGAUGAAGGGGGUCUCCAAACAGGAGUUGAAACUGCAACACGAACACAAGCUCACGCUAGCCAAAAUGGUGCUAACAACGUAAUAAACGAAGGAGGCGAUGACAUGCCCCUGCUGGCAUUAACUGACCCCCAAGCCUCCAGCGACAGUAACUGGAGAGGGGGAGCUAACAGAUCAAACAGACAACACAGCCCCACAGUGCUCGAUAUCCAAGUUAGGACUCCUCCCCCAGCGGCACACAUGAGUGGAGUCGGUGGCAAGAGGCCCCCAAGUGGAGGGGGCACUGCGUCAAGAAGACAACACAGUGGAGCGCCGACUCAAGUGGUCCCACUUAAACCUCAAGUGAUGGAUUUUGGCUCCUUGAGUGCAACCGGCUCAGGAGUUAAUAACAACAACAACAACAGCAGCAGUAUCAAUCAGUCUUCGAUGCAGCAACUUCCGCCAGGUGCAUUUCCACCGGGAGCCUCAAAUAGAUUCUACAGCGGACACCAGCGACCUUCUUCUGGGGCCAAUAUGAGAAGCGCCGCAGAGAGUUCAAGGUCAUCUGUAUUUGACAAAGACCAGGUCAAACUAAACCUGUGAAGCUGCUAAUCUUAUUUGGUUCAAAAAAUAAUUUUUGCUUUAAAAUAUUUUUGACGUAUAAAUGAAACAAUCUUAAAUCAUUGCUUUAGUUUUUUGUUAUGUGCGGUUCCAAAAAGCGCAUGGAGAGAUCUCCUCCUUGCCUCUUCCUUGUGGUAUUUUUAUGCAGCCAUAAGUAUUAAUGCCCAUUUAUUAUUCUUAAUAAAUUGUAUGCUCUGAUUUUUCCAAGUUUAAUGAUGUUGAAUAAAAAAAAAUAGUUUAA